AUGGCUCCGUCUGACGCCAAGAAGGAAAGAGCUGCGGCGAAGAAAGCUGCUGCGGCCGCGAAGAAAGCCGCAAAGGGCAAAUCACCUUCCGUCAGUGCGAGCAACUCGCAGAAUGAUCUCAAGUCCCUCGACGAUCACGACAGAAGUUGCACCGGAGUUCUCGCCUCGCACGCCCUCUCACGAGAUAUACACGUCGUUGGAUUCUCGCUCAACUUCCACGGGCACGAGCUUGUCGCAGACACUACUCUUGAGCUCAAUUAUGGAAGGCGGUACGGUCUGCUGGGGCUGAACGGGUGCGGCAAGUCGACGCUUCUGAAGGCGAUCGGGAACCGCGAGGUGCCGGUGCAGGACCACAUGGACAUCUACUUCCUGUCCCACGAGAUCGAGGCCACCGACAUGUCCGCGCUGCAGGCCGUCAUCUGCGUCGACGCCGAGCGCCUCAAGCUCGAGAAGGAGGCGGAGGAGCUCGCAGAAGUUGAGGGCGCGGCGGAUCAGCUGGAGCGCAUCUACGAGCGGCUGGACGCCAUGGACUCGGCGACGGCGGAGGUGCGCGCGGCGCAGAUCCUGCACGGGCUGGGCUUCACCAAGCAGAUGCAGCAGAAGAGGACGCGCGACUUUUCCGGUGGCUGGCGCAUGCGCAUCGCGCUCGCGCGCGCGCUGUUCAUGCAGCCCACCGUGCUGCUGCUCGACGAACCCACCAACCAUCUAGAUCUGGAGGCGUGCGUGUGGCUGGAAGAUACAUUGAAGAAGUUCGACCGCAUUCUGGUGGUGGUGUCGCACUCGCAGGACUUUCUCAACGGCGUGUGCACCAACAUCAUCCACAUGCAGAACAAGAAGCUGAAAUUCUACUCCGGGAACUACGACUCGUACGUGCAGACGCGCAAGGAGCAGGAGGAGAAUCAGAUGAAGCAGUGGAAGUGGGAGCAGGAGCAGAUCUCCAACAUGAAGGAGUAUAUCGCUAGGUUCGGCCACGGCUCGGCGAAGCUGGCUCGGCAGGCGCAGAGCAAGGAGAAGACUCUGGCAAAGAUGGAGCGCGGCGGGCUGACGGAGAAGGUGGCGCGGGAUAACGUGCUCACGUUUAGGUUUACGGAUGUCGGGAAGCUUCCUCCGCCCGUGCUGCAGUUUUCGGAAGUCUCGUUUUCGUACGAUCCGGAGCAUGUGAUUUACGAGAAGGUGGACUUUGGUGUGGAUCUGGACUCGCGGAUUGCCCUCGUGGGGCCGAACGGGGCGGGCAAGUCGACGCUGCUGAAGCUGAUGACGGGCGAGCUGCAGUGCACGGAGGGCGCGGUGAAGCGGCAUAACCACCUGCGGAUUGGACAGUACCACCAGCACCUGGGCGAGAAACUAGACCUGGAGAAGAGCGCACUCGCAUGGAUGAUGUCCGAAUACCCCGGAUUGGAGGAGGAAAAAAUGCGGUCAGCCAUCGGAAGAUUCGGGCUGACCGGGAAGUGCCAGGUCAUGCCGAUGAAGAAUCUUUCGGACGGGCAGCGGUCGCGGAUCCUGUUUGCUUGGCUGGCGUGGCGGCAGCCGCAGAUGCUGCUGCUGGAUGAGCCGACCAACCAUCUGGAUAUCGAGACGAUUGACUCGCUGGCUGAGGCGCUGAAUGAGUGGGAUGGCGGCAUGGUGCUCGUGUCCCACGACUUCAGACUCAUCAACCAGGUGGCAAAGGAGAUCUGGGUGUGUGAGAACCGCACGCUGACGCGGUGGGAGGGCGACAUCGUGGGCUUUAAGAACCACCUGCGGAAAAAGGCCAACAUCGAAUGA